AGGACGCGGAAAAAUUCCUUAACGACUGGGGCCAGUUCGAUGAAAUCAAAGCGGGGAGCCUUCGGCGCGAACUCCCCGAGCGUGCCAAACAAAUGGCGGAGCUACUGGAAGCCAUCGGUCAAGACAUUCGAGACUUUAUCGCGCUGCAGAAGGAGAUGCGGAGGGACGACUAGGACGUAGAAUGCCUCCGAAGCCUCUUCGCGGUGGAUCCGCAAGAUGAUAUGAAGAAGAUUGAGCAGAAUAAGGAUGCGCUUUUGGAUGGGGCCUAUAAGUGCAUCCUCGAUACAGAGGUAUACGCAGCAUUCACGAGUUGGAGCGAAAAUGGCUCUGCCCUUCCGUCGUGUCGCCUGCUGUGGGUUAAGGGUCAUGCUGGAACCGGGAAGACGAUGCUCAUAAUGGGCAUUAUUCGCGAACUCUCGAGUCGAUCCGCCAAGCUUGCACCCUGCGUGUCACACUUUUUCUGUCAGGGCACAGACACGGCCUUGAACAGCGCAACGGCCACCCUAAGGUCUCUGAUCUGGUUGCUGCUUGUUCAGCAACCGCAUCUUAUCUCCCACCUACGAUCGAAGCAUAAGAACGCAGGUUCUUCUCUUUUCCAAGGCGACACUACAUUUAUUGCUCUGUCUAAUGCCUUCGAGAGCAUGCUGAAAGACCCUGACUUAUCCCCGAUGUAUUUCGUCAUUGACGCUCUUGACGAGUGCCAGCAAGACCCCGCAGACCUUAUCAAACUCAUCACAUCUUCCCUUGCUCUUUCCGACAAAGUGAAGUGGCUGGUCUCGAGCCGUCCAACCGUCGAACUCAAGACUCCGGAUACGGCAGGUUCCUUGGUGGAGCUAGAUGCUCAACAGCUGGAAGGUCCCGUCAAUGCAUACAUCGACCACAAGCUCUCUAUCCUCAAGACAAGAGAGAGAUAUGAUGACUGCGUUUUGGCGAGGGUCGCGGUGGAAGUUCGCCAACGAGCCGAGAACACGUUUCUUUGGGUGGCUCUCGCGUUCAAAGCACUCGACGCAGAAGAUAGGACUCUCAGCUACGUGCAUGGAACGUACGCUGUCGAUAUCAUCAAAGAGAUCCCUCCUGGCUUGUCGCAGCUAUAUAAUCAUAUGAUGGCCAGGAUCGAGAAAGGGAUGAGAAGAGACCCGCAAUACUGUGAGGGCGUCCUGGCGGUUGCUACCUCGCACUCCGCCCUCUCAGCCUCUCCGAGUUAGCAGUACUCGCUGAUAUACCACCCAAGAUGGACCCGCGGACGAUAGUGAGGAAUGCGGCUCACUUCUGACGACCAGGGAGGAAACGGUCUCC